GUGGCUGCCAACCGAGCGCGCGCUGCAUAGUCGUGUCAGAUCAAGCUUUGUUAACACUGACACUGUUGGUCUACAAUGAUGAAGACAAGAGAGGACAAAGACACCAGUCCCACAUGGAGACUUUGUGCAUUUGAGAAGCAGACUGCCAUGUUGCUAUUAGAUCAAAAAAAAAAAAACUUAGAAACCUAAAGUAGUCCACAUUGAUUGACACACCAACCCCACCUGUGCGUCCAGAGGCAACGUGGAAUCUCAGUUGUGAUCAACGAUUCUCCAAAAAUCCCCAAAUCCCUCCUCCAUGUCCUCUGGGAUGAAAUGUCGCAGAUAAGCCAGACCACAGCAUCAGGUCUGACUGAGGGUCACCCAGUGACUAAUCUGACUCUGGUGGUUCUCCUGCUCAUACCCUUUGUGGUCAUUCUGCUCCUGCUGAACUGCCUGUUUCUGGGUUACAAGUUCUUCAUCCUGUCAGAGAAGAAGAGCAGGAGGUCGAGAGAGGACGCGGAGGAGUUGCUUUUGCAUUCCACCCUGCAGAGAGUCAGGAGGGCAUCCGACCUGGCUUUCCCCUCUCUGCAGGCCGGGAGGAGAGCGUACAUGUCUCUGUCGGAGCCCAUCCUGCCCCAUCCUGUCACCUCUUCCAGGGCUUCAUCCAGGGAGAGGGCCGGGGUGGAUCCCAGGAUCCGGCUUCUGAUGCCGGAUGGCGCAACCGGCUCCGGGUCGAUGAGGGCACCGAGCACCAUCCGGGCCACAUCAUCCACUGCCGGGCUCGACCUGCGCUCCUGCUCACGGGAAUACAGCUCCAGUAAAGCGCGGUGGUGUAAGAGUGCGCCAGUUUUAGCGCAGUCUACUGAUUCAGAUGCUGAGACCAGAGUGCACCUUGUUCCGCCAAACUCUCCAACGCAGGAGACAGAAUAUGUGGGUCACCUUCGUCGGAGCAGUACUUACGAGAUGCUGACAGAUGUGAACCCGGGCGUUGCCGUGCUCGUGUUUGACAAAGUGGACAUGGAGUGCGAGUUCACCGACCAGCCUUCAGAGGCCUCCUGCCUCAACACAUCUGCAGUGGGUCCUGGACUGGACAGCGACUUUGGUGCUAGUGCAGGCGUCUCGCUGCGGAUUCUGUCAGCAGACAGCGACGGUCUGUCCAACGGUGUUCUGUCUUCAGCCCUGGAGUGGGAUUAUUAUGACCCCUGCUAUGUCAAGCAGAAUCAUCUACCCAAACAUAAACACCACAGGCCUGCAGUGCACACCAAACAGUACUGGGUGUAAUAUGUUCCAGCUGUCCAGUGUGAUCUUUUAAUGUUUAUUUAUUUUUUAUUUAAACAACGUGUGUUUUAGUCUCAUUUAUUUAUUUAGUCUCACUAAUAAUCACUAGUUUGAAUUUACACAAUUUUCUGAUAAGAAUGCACUCUGCCAUUGAAUUUGUUCAAUUUAUGAAAUGUUUACA